CCCUCACAACCAUCCCCCUCAACCCGCACACGCCCAUCUACCUCGGCGACGUCUUCUGGCCCCCCACCAUGACGCUGCUCGCCUGGCUGCCUAGCGAGCAGAAAACGCCUACGGACUGGUGCUGGAAGGCGACUGAUGUAUCCGGGGGGCUGUUUAGUCUCGGGGGCGUGGAUGCGUUGAGGGUGCAUGAUUAUUUUGGCGGGAGCGGGAGCGGAAGUGAGAGUUGUGAUGUGGAGGAGGGGACUUUGAGUGGGAAUGCGUAUAUCAGUAGAGAAGGCAAGCGCUGGGCCGACUGUAGGAUCACGCCGGAGAGCGGGCGCAUGGGUGCGUGCGAGGGGGUCAGGGGAUGGGAUUGUGAGGGCGGACAUCGCUUUACGGGGCCUGGGACGAGGCAGUGGAGUUGUUGGGUUAGGGAUGUGAUGGGGUAUGAACGGGCUGUGGGCAGUAGGAAUGGGACACAGCAAGUGGAAAGGGAAGGGGGGAUUACGGAUGCGCUGGCGAAGGGUACGGAGGUUGUGACGGGCGCUGUGGCUAGUGGUUCGAUUGUUGGGGCGUUUACGGCGGGGGUUACUGGGAUUUGA